GAUUCGCCAUGAAGCUGUUGCUGUGGCUCGCCCUCUAUUGCACUCUCGGGCAGGGAUUCAUCAAACGUGUGCGGGACGACAACUGUUUGAUCCACCACUUUUACCCGCAUGAGAGUGCCUGUCAUUCCCCUCGCCGUUACUUUUAUACCUUUCACCGCAUCAUAUCCGACUGCGUCCAGGUGACCACCAACUGCUCCAGGAUGUACAAUACGAACGAAUAUUAUUCGCUGAAAGAAUGCCGCGACGACUGCUGGUACUUCAUGAAUAAGGAUAUUCCUCCCGAGCCCACAACUGAGAAGCCAAUCCCGGUGGCAGCAGCAAAUGAUAAGACGACAGACGAUAAGAAGGCAGCAGAGGGGGAUAAGGAUAAGAAGCCUUGAGGCGGUAAGGAAAAUCCUGCCUGUAUCGAGGAAGGCGCUUGAACUAUAUAUAUUCAAUUAAUAACCAAACUUAUGGGAAUUAAAGGCAAAAGUAUAUUAAAUUAUAAAAAUAAAACCCUUA